AAAUAUCUCUUUUCCAUAUUCGUAAAUUAUUUAUCGAAAUGGCGCGCCAAAUAUUUCUAUAAAUUAAUUAAAAGCCAGUUUACAAGCCCGAUCUUCCUACUAUGAUAUAACUAUCUUGAAUCUUGCCAUCAAAGUGCUCAUUUGUUAGAAGACAGUCCUAGACUGAACGGCGGACAUGUAAGACCUAUGUCACAGCCAGAGGCGACAUUUACUCUCUUUUAAAAUCACACAAAAUAGUUUGUAUCUGUCUGCCACCCAUCUCCUCCGCUCCACUCCGCAUCGUUUCCCUUCUUUUUUUUAAAUCUUCGUCGUACAAUUUCUGGUCUUCGAGUCCGUCCGUCCACGUGUCAGAAUCAUUUUUGACACAUACGAAAUUGCAACGCGUACAAGUAUCAGCCAAAGACAUUUUCCACUACAAUUGGUACCGAAUCGUAACUCAACCGUCGAUUACAAUCAGUAGUAUUUGCUCGAUCGAGUUUCGAAGAGUAAAAAUCGUAAAAAUUGCACCGUCUAAUCGAUAAAAAUCAUUGCCAAGCACUGGAAACUCUAACCUCUUGGACGAUUUGAAAAUUAACCAAGUCAUCGGUAUUCUUCGUUUCACAGGUAUGAUCAUGAUAUUCGUUAGUUAAUCGAUAAAGAAACUAAUUCGAUUAUACGAUCAAUGAGAAUUUUAGACGAUUCGUAAUAAACGAACGAAUGGAUCAAACGUUCAUCUCGGUAAAUUACUUUUUAUUUUCAUCAAUUACCUGCUUACUUCUAUAUCAAUCGUCUACUAUUUAAAAAGACACAUGAAAAGUAUUCAACGAUGGAAAUCGUUCAUCGUUAAAAUAAAAGAUACGAUUAGAAAAUUUUCAAGCGUCGCACGAUCGUCGGAACUGGAUAAAGCGUUUCUCCACCUUUGUCGUCGCGGAUCCUCGAACAGAUUCGUGGCCGAAUUUUGAGGAAAUUUGAUAUGGAUGUAGACUCGAACGACAACAGCAGGAAUAUCGAUUCGCACGAAACCAACACACAACGACUGAUUGCCGAAAGCGGUGGCCGAUGUAUGAGCACGCAAGCGAUGCAAUCGCUUUACGACUUCCGACAAAACAACCUUCUCUGCGACGCGGUCUUAAGACUCGAAGAUGGAGGCGUGUUUCCGAUUCACCGCGCCAUUUUAUCAGCUUGCAGUCCGUAUUUUAGAACUUUGUUCACAACCACGUUGCACUCGCGCGAGAAAACGGACGUGCUUCUGCCUGGCGUCAGUAGCAAUAUGAUGAAUCUGCUUCUCGAAUACGCGUACUUGCGUUCCAUCAACGUCAAUAACGAGAACGUGUGUCAGCUGCUGGUCACCGCCGAUUACCUAAAUAUUCUCGGCGUUCUCGAUUUCUGUUGCGAGUAUCUCAAGCAAAAUCUAGCGCCGGAGAAUUGCAUCAGCAUCAUGAGGUUCGCAAGGGAACAUUUCUGCAAAGGAUUGGAAAACAGCGCGUAUCGUUACGUUAUGAGACAUUUCGUACAGGUAGCUCAACGAAGCGAGGAAAUUCUCGACUUACCGAUCGAAGAGCUAACCGCUCUGAUCGGAGCCGACGAAUUGAACGUUAAGAGCGAGGACACGGUUUGGGAACUGGUAUUAAAAUGGAUCGACUACGAUCCUCAAUCUCGAAAAGAAUUUAUCGUCGAUCUGAUGAAGAAUAUUCGCCUUGGCCUCUUGGAUACGCAAUUUUUUCUCGAAAAUGUUAAAGACCAUCCGUAUGUUACUGGAAACGAAGCCUGUCGACCUAUCAUUAUCGAAACCUUGAAAUUCUUGUACGAUUUGGAGAUUAUUACACAAAAGGAUGGAGAGGUACCAACGCCGAAAAUAGCGCGACCGAGAGUUCCCCAUGAAAUACUGUUCGCUAUAGGUGGAUGGAGUGGCAGAAGUCCUACAAAUUUCAUAGAAACCUACGAUACCAGAGCGGAUCGAUGGGUCAAGGUGGAAGAAGUAGAUCCGAUCGGACCUCGUGCGUAUCAUGGAACUGCGGUGGUCGGUUUCAAUAUUUACGUGAUCGGUGGUUUCGACGGUGCGGACUAUUUCAACAGUUGUCGUUGCUUCAACGCUGUCACUAAAAUAUGGAGAGAAGUUGCUCCGAUGAACGCUAGAAGGUGUUACGUUAGCGUUGCCGUGCUCAACGAUCUAAUUUACGCGAUGGGAGGAUAUGACGGAUAUUAUCGACAAAGCACCGCGGAACGUUACAACUAUAAGACCAACCAAUGGUCCUUGAUAGCACCCAUGAAUUGUCAAAGAUCGGAUGCCAGUGCAACUACUUUGAAUGACAAAAUUUACAUCACGGGCGGUUUCAAUGGCCACGAGUGUUUAAAUUCAGCCGAGGUGUACGAUCCAGAAACCAAUCAGUGGACUAUGAUAGCUCCGAUGAGAUCGCGUAGGAGUGGAGUGUCCUGUAUAGCUUAUCACAAUAACGUAUACGUUAUUGGGGGUUUCAAUGGAAUAUCAAGAAUGUGCAGCGGAGAGAAAUACAACCCUGCGACGGAUAUUUGGAGCCCGAUCCCUGAUAUGUACAAUUCGCGUAGUAAUUUCGCGAUCGAGGUGAUCGACGACAUGAUUUUUGCCAUUGGUGGAUUCAACGGUGUUACCACGAUAUAUCACGUCGAGUGUUACGACGAAAAAACGAACGAGUGGUACGAAGCGACAGACAUGAACGUAUACCGUUCAGCGUUAUCAGCUUGCGUAAUCAUGGGGUUACCAAACGUGAACGACUACAUUCAUAAACACCGUGAACGUUUGAUGGAAGAGAAACGACAGAAACUGUUAGCAUUGGAAGUUCACCGCAGUCAACAUCAACCUCAACAAGAUCAGAUCCAGCAAAAUAGCGAAAAUUCUUUCAAUAACGAAAUACCCGCACCACCACCGAUGCCUCAAAAUACUAGUUCCAGCAACGAGAAUCGACAAAAUUAACAAUAAAGAUUUAAGGAAAUAUUUGUAGGACUAUAGGUUUCACGGUCGGUCGGACGGACGAUAAUUGAAGUAAUAAAACAACGAAUGUUCAAAACGAUUUAAUUAUCCUACGAUUAUGUUGGAAGAAAAUGCUAACGCGAUUGAUGGCAUUCGUAUUAACGAGAGAACACCUUUACAGAUUUUAUAUCUUCGAUCUGUUGAAAAUAUAAUCUCGAAGAUGAAACAACCUCGUUCGAAAUGUUUCUUUUAAUAUAAUCGUAGUCUCCUUGGAAAUUUCGGGUGGUAGAGUAAAUCUUAAACAUGAUCCUAAAGAUCUUAGAGAGGAGAAAAUGUAACGAUUAUGAAAGAUUUAUAUAGUGUAAAAUAUCCUGUUGCCAACGAUAAAAAAAGGGAUAGCGCUUUUUGAAAUGGAAUUUUAGAAUCGAUAGCAUGCUUGUUAAAACAGGAUAAUAUUUUCAGAUUCGUGUUUACCGCAGUUUGUUAACCGACAUGUGUUUUAUUUUUAUACAAGACAUAUUUUUAUUGCCUGUUUUUGUGAUGGAAUUUUUUUACCAAGUUUAUCGAACGAUUGUAUACAUAUAAAGGAAUUAUAUGUGUGCGUGAGAAGGCCAAUUCUAAUAAAGAGAAAGGCACGAUCUAUGAUAUAUAUAUUUUUAAAGUCGAUGAAGAAUAUCGACUAAAACUGCUGAAAUGGAACUUUACAACGAUCAAUAAAAAGACAUUAACAAACAAAUUACGCAGCUUUUACUUUGCACCAAUGUU